UAUGAGUAAUUAACGUCAAGCAACACCGAUUUACAAAACGUCAAAAAUUAAAAAAGCCGCAAGGCCUCGUAGUUUUUAUUUAUUUUAUUAGUGUUAUUUGUUUAAUUAUUGUUAUGAAUAACAAGUUUUAAGAAAUGUGAAAUAAUCACACAUGCAUCUAGUCUUUAGUGAAGCCAAUUUAGCUCGCUUGCUGAAAGCAGUGACCGCGUAAUGGUGCCAUAAAAUCUUUGACUAACGAUCCUUUGUUUCACCAGCACAGGUUUUUCUAACUUUUAGCUAGAAAAAACGUACAAAACCUUCGUUUUUACGAUCGCUACGUCAUAUUUUACAUAACGAAUCGUGACCCAGUGCAGAGCCAGCUACAAUCCGUCGCGCGAAACCAUAAUUUUUACACACAAAAGAUUUCUUAUUAAUUCCAACAUAUUUCGCCUUGAAACUAAUGAAAAACAACUGUGAAACGCUCAAUUUGUCUAUAUUUACCAUUCAAUUGUCGUCUCGUGUAAGAUUCCAAUAAGAAUAUGAAGAACCAAGUGUUGUAAAUACAAAAGUUCUAAUUGAACAAAGGGGGUAAGACAAAUAUGUCAGCUAUUCAGAAUAAGCAGGCAGUAUGGCCCCCCAUGGCCGGGGAGGGGCUGGCGCCGCUCAGCUCCAAGUAUGAGAAGUGUCGCCACAUCGCCGAGGAGAUCUACAAGCGGAUAGACAUCACGUUUCAGAUCAAAAGCCUGGAGGCCGGCUCGCAGAGCGAUAUCUCUGAUCAAAGUGACCAAAUAGAGAUAGACAGUAAUGACCUGAGCAAUGGAACGGACUUGUUUGCGUACGACAAGAGCGAUAGCAUCCCAAGCAGCACCGAGCAAGAUGACAAGAAACAACACAAACUGAUCAAUCUCAACAACAACGAGAUCAAGAAGUCUGUUGUGCCGAUAUACAAACCCCCUAGGAAACGGUUCAGAAAGAAAGUGAAGAAGCGUCAGUCCAAAGGUCGCUCAGACUCAGAAGGCUCUAGCGACGAGGCGCCCCUCAGCCGCAUGGCAGACGCGCCCCCCGCACGCGCCCCUGCAGUUGCCGGCCCCGGAGUUGCUUCCCCGGCCGUUGGCGCCCCGAGUGACGAGUCGGAUAGGGCUAUGGGGGUGCCUGAUCUGUCUGCUGUUACAGCUGGGAGAGAACCGCGACUCAAACUCAAACCUACGGAAAAAGAGAAGCCAGCGACCAAACCUAAGGCUCCAGAAACUAUAACCCGUUUCGAAGACACUACAUCACCCACCAAACUUUCCAACCCCAUGGAAACAGAAAUAAAACCCCUGGAUCUAGCGUCUGAGAGCAGAGCGGUGGAAAAACCCGUGAAUUUCACAAAACCAUACUUGCCAGAGUGCCGAGUGAAUAUUGAAGUAUUCAAACCGAUUGAUUUCAGCGCGGCUAAAGUUGGCAAAGAUAAUAGAAGUACAGUCAAAUCUAAAGCUGCUAAGGAGAGUAAAGCUGAAAAAUCCAAAGCGGAGAUCGCAAAAGGCCUCGACAAAACAAAGACGCAACUCACAAAUCAGAAUAAAAGCGACACGAAAAAAAAUGACGCAAAAAUUACCGAAACGACUGACGCCGUUGAAAAAAAUAGCAAGAAAGAGACGAAAGAUGGUGAAAAAGAGAAGGGAGGCGAUUGGAGGAAAUGCUCUAUGUGCAAUUUGCCGUGCCGAGGCGAGCGUGGAUUGAGGAGGCACAUGUCGCUAAGCCACAUUUUGGUGCCCGAGGAUGUGGUGCGCCCGAAAACACGUAAGUCACACGAGGAAAAAUCCGUGUAAAACGGUUCAUGCUUAGUUAAAAAAGUAAGUUUUUGGCAGACGGUAAAUAAUCAUACGAUUUUUUUGUGUAUUUUUGAAUCACUUCUUCUGUCAGUCCAAGGGGUGAUAAAAAAAGUUUGUAAGGUUUAAAGUCCGUAUUUUGGCGCAUAUUUUGUAAGAGAAAGCUAAG